AUGCUCAAAUCAGUGCGGGACAUGGUACAGACGAAAUCCUUUGGCUUCCUGAGCUACAACGACCAACCUCCAGGAUCCAACAGUGGACCAGAGUAUGGACACAGCAAAGGUGUGGUGAUGGGGGACAGCAGCACUAAAUCCGCUCUGUGGCUCACUCACAACACUCCUAAGUUUCCGACGUCUGAGAGGAACAAGAACCAUUUCUGGAAAGACAAUAUUUAUAAAAAAGGCCAGACCUUCAUGUGUGUGACUCUGGGCUAUAAUGAUCUCGAUACUGUAGUGAAACACCUACAGAACAUCAGAGCUUAUGUUUUUGAUGAUCAUCACUUUCCUGGUGACUUCCACGAAGAGCUAAAGGAUGCAAUCGAAAAAAAAGAGGAUGUCUCUUACCGCGGGAAACCACAAGAUCUAAAGACCAAAGGUGGAGAGGAGCUAAAGACCCUGGCAAAAAACACUGGCAAAACAGCUAAAGUUGGAGACCUGUACGUGCAGCUUGCUGAACAUUUGAAAAGUGACAUGAAGGCUCAGACCUGGGGCUGUCAGAAAGGUAGAGACAAGAGCUUCUGUGGUGAACCCUAUAAGGUGUUUAACAUAGAAGGGGUCCGCACAGACAUAGGAGACUGGAACAGGACAAAAGAUCACUCCAAAUGGGCCAUAACCACUGAAAUAACGUCCACUGGACCUGCAUCGCAGAUUCCAAUAGAAGUCCAUCACAGUACGAACGGCCCGGAGGAGCUCUGUGCAUCAACGACAAAGAAGUCAAAGAAUACUUUAAAAAGUUCAUAA